UCAGCGCAUUAUUUGGGGCCGCCGUGCCGCCGGACACAUUUCGGACCAUGACCUUGGACAGCAAAGUCAUGAGAGAGACGGGCGGAGGUGAAGACGUGAACAACGCAGCUUCUUCACUGAUAAACACGAGCAAUCUCGAUUUGGAGCAACGCGCUUCAUCCUUUCCCGAAGUGCGGGAGGAGGGAGACUUUGCGGUCCGACUACAGGAGGGUCCAGACAGGGGGACCUUCUCGGUGAAGCCCCCGUACUCUUACAUCGCUCUCAUCACCAUGGCAAUCCUCCAGAGCCCGAGGAAGAGACUCACGCUCAGCGAGAUUUGCAACUUCAUCAGCCAGCGCUUUGCGUAUUACCGGGAGAAGUUCCCCGCGUGGCAAAACUCGAUCCGUCACAACUUGUCUCUGAACGACUGCUUUGUCAAAAUGCCCCGGGAGCCCGGGAAUCCCGGCAAGGGGAAUUAUUGGACCCUGGAUCCCAUGUCAGCCGGCAUGUUUGAAAACGGGAGUUUUCUUCGGCGGCGGAAACGCUUCAAGAGGCAACAUUUCUUUUUGAGGGACUUCAGGGCGAAGGAGCGCGGCCCGACGCCCGUGUUCCCUCUCCUCGGAGCGCACAGGAUGAGCUGUUUUCCUCCCCAGGGUCCCGGUUUGUACCACGACCUGGGAUUAAGGAGUCAAUUAAGCUCACAGACUAGUCCCAGCAUCGCACCUGUACGCAGCAUCAUACCUGCACUCACCUCGCUCCUCUCCAAGAAUUUCCCCUCGUGUGUAACCUUUGAACACUGCGGCCCGGGACGCUGCGCCGCUGUCCCGUCUCUGUCAACGGGCUGCUCGCUCGUGUCUCCCGUCUCGCUGCACGGAAUGCUUCCCAACUACAAUGUUUCUCAGCUGUCCAGUUCCCCCACUGGACUCCUAAAAGUUUCCUCUAAUUUAUUUAUGUAAUGUAAUGAUGCCCGACUGUCCCGAUGAAUCUAAACCCGCAUUAUGUACAAAUACAGUGUUUUAAUGAUGUGACAGGCCUCCGUAGUUAGAUAUCGGUUUCUGAACGACUGGGACUGUGCAGUUUAUGUUUGGAAUAAAACGUGAUUGAAUUUACAGAGUUUGUGCAAUUUAAAUCAAAAAGCAAAACAUAGCUUCCUAUACGAUUUUACAGUUUGAUUGACUAUUUUAUUUCUCUUUUUCUUUUAAUUCCUUUUUUAGAUAAAAUAAGAC